CCUUGCUUCACAUUGACGUUUUUGACAGCUGUCAUUUAAUUGAAGAAAGGCACGCGGAAUAUUUGUUGACAUUCGAUUUUUCAGAAAAAAAGCCUUCCUAACCCAUCACAGAAAUGUCGAAAGCACACCCUCCAGAGUUGAAAAAAUUUAUGGACAAGAAACUCUCCCUUAAGUUAAACGGCGGGCGGCAGGUUAGCGGCAUCUUGAGGGGUUUCGACCCUUUUAUGAACCUCGUUGUCGACGAGGGAGUCGAAGAGUGUAAAGAUGGAUCUAAAAAUCAUGUUGGAAUGGUGGUUAUCCGAGGAAACAGCAUUGUGAUGUUAGAAGCUCUUGAUAGAAUUUAAGUUUUAUUUAUAAUGAGUUAAAUGUUUAGGUGAUUUGUAUGUAAAAUAAGAUUUAAUUUAAUAAAUAA